AUGUCGCUCGCCUUCAAAGUCAUCACAUCCUUCUCCUCCAUAUUCACCGCAACCUACAGCACGAUCGAGUCCCUCAUAACUUCCCCCAACCAGGACACCAACCACCAACAGGACCAUGCCUUCCAAGCCCCUUCCGCCACCGAUAAACGCAGCCCAUGUCCGAUGGUCAACGCUCUCGCAAACCACGCCUACCUUCCCCGAGAUGGGUCCAACGUCUCCCUCCUCAAGCUCAUCCAAGCCGCCAAAGAGGGCGUCAACCUCGCCCCCGACGCAACCCUCAUCGUCGGCCUCAAAGCCCUCCAAACCUCCACCACUGGCAGCUGGCUAACCUUCAACCUGGACGACCUGAACAAACACGGCGUCAUCGAACACGACGCCUCCCUCAGCAGAAAAGACGUCUUUUUCGGCGACAACCACUCCUUUUCCCCCGAGACGUGGGAAACAGUAUUUAAACACUUUCGAGGACUGGAGAAAAUCCCCCUCCAAGUUGCCGCAGCGGCCAGAAAGGAAAGAGUGGAGAGCGCAAGGGCUUCCAACCCGGAGUUUAGCCUGACCGAGGAUCAGAACAGGUUCUCCAUUUUGGAGACCAGUCUGUAUCUCAUGGUCUUUGGGGAGGGAACACAGGGGAAUGCGCGGACUGAUUGGGUCAAGGUGCUGUUUGAAGAGGAGAGGCUGCCGUUUCAGGAGGGGUUUACGCGGUCGCCUACGAUGCUGACUCUUGGUCAGAUUUUAGAGUUGCACAAGAAGGUGGAGGCCGUUUAA